CCCCAGUUGCAAUUGUCGUAGACAUCUUUUUCUCUCAUCCCUCGAUUUAACACCGUCUUUCUUACCCUUUCGGCUCAUAACCCCUGCAACCCCGAUUAGUCAACUUCCAGGUCUUUCCUAGCGGCACGCGUUUAACAACGACGAAGCAGACCGUGCGAUUGCACUUGUACUCUGCCCGCAGUGUCCCUUUCAAGAUAUCCAGCAUACAUUUUUAACUUAUCGCCCAUAUCAGCCAUCCGACCAGUGUGAGGAGCGUCGGCAUACCGCAUUGAACACAACCAUGAACUUCUUCAAGACAAAACAGCGGACCCCCACGGACAUUGUCCGGGCUUUGCGCGAUGCAAUUCCACGCCUCGAAUCUACUGCUCCAGGCAGUGAAAGCAGGCGGAAGGCAAAUGAAGACGUGUCCAAAUAUCUUCAGCAGAUCAAAGGUGUACUUUUAGGAGACGGUGAUCCUCUACCGGAGCUUGUUGCUCAGCUUGCACAGGAAGCAUAUUCGACGGAUCUGCUGUAUCACCUUGUUACCCAUCUAUCGCGCCUAGAAUUUGAAGCACGUAAAGAUGUUGUCGCCAUCUUUACCCACCUCCUUCGACGACAAAUUGGCGCCCGUUGGCCGACUGUGGAAUACCUAUGUGCAAAACCAGAUGUGUUAUUCGCCGUGCACGCUGGAUACGAUGACGAAGAAGUUGCACUCAACACAGGCAUGAUUUUACGUGAUAUGCUCAAACACGAAGCACUCGCAAAGAUCCUCCUUUAUUCCGAACAAUUUUACCUGUUUCCCCACUAUAUUGAAAAGACCACCUUUGGAAUCUCUUGCGACGCGUUUGCGAACCUGAAGGAGACUCUCACGAAACACAAGCCAAUGGUCGCUGAGUACUUGGAGAAGAAUUACGACCGUUUCUUCUCGACAUUUGACGUGUUGUUGUUGAGUACAAAUUACGUCACGAAGCGACAAAGUUUGAAGUUACUUGGCGAAAUACUUUUGGAUCGGGCAAACUUCAAUGUCAUGACGAGGUAUAUCGCGAACGAUAAGAAUCUCAAGAUGAUGAUGAUCAUGCUCCGGGAUAAGAGUCGCAACAUCCAAUUCGAGGCGUUCCAUGUCUUCAAGGUAUUUGUUGCUAACCCUAAGAAACCUCCUCAAAUCGAGGCAAUCCUACGCCGAAACAAACAGAAGCUUCUGGAAUUCCUGCAGGAUUUCCAUAACGACAAAGAGGAUGAACAGUUCACGGAUGAGAAGCAAUUCUUGAUUGUGCAAAUACAAAACCUAUGACUGGUCAUGAUGCUACCCUUAGUCUGACACCAUCGCUUUUACCGCGUAGUGUUUCACGCGUCGUGUGAUAUUGGGUGCAAGUGCUUAUGCUCUCCCGUUUGCCUAUCACUGGACACGGUAUACCUUACUGGUUGAUCUCCUUGUUGCCCUCCUGGCAAUUAAACACGAGGAUGGCUUUCUUUACUUUUGCGAUUCAUUCAAUCACGUGUAUCACUGCGUCCUUUCGCCAUGGUCACUCAAUGUAUACCUCGCUUCCUCUCGCUGCUCCGACGCAUAUCCGCAUUCACAGAGAUCAUUUUCCAUACCCUACGAAUGAACAUCUUUCGUCCAUCUCAUCACGAUUCCUUUUUUACCUCGUAUCUGUACUCUUUCCACACGUCUCGGCUACUUCUCUUUCAC